AACGGUGGGGGCGGUAUAUAACUCUCUUCUUCCCCCACUUACGUUCACUCUGGUGGAGGAAAGUGUCCCGGGAGGGUCCCGUGCCUUGGCAGCAAGAAAUCGCUCUAUUUACCAACAACAAACGUCGCUACACUGUACCGUCCUGGCACACAUCCUUUUUAAAACUUCACUACCUCGAAAAAUAAAUGCUCGGCAAAGGCGCCAGAGAAAUCAAACACGUGAAAAACAAGGAUCAUUACCCCACCCGGGACAGAAAAACGAAAUAUCGGAGACAUACGUAAAAAAGCGAACGGGACGUUGUCGCUGUUGCCUUCUCAAUGCAUACCCUUUGUGCUCGAGGAACGAUGAAGCCAGAGAUUAGCGCGGCUGUCACAUUUCUGUCCAGAUUUUUGCGGAUUAAAGGACACGUAAACGAUCGACAGCUUCAAACAUUCAGCCAAAGUUUACAGGAUAUUCUGUCAGAACAGUACAAGCACCACUGGUUCCCGGACCGGCCUUGUAAGGGCUCUGGUUACCGCUGCAUCCGCAUCAACCACAAGAUGGACCCUUUGGUGGGGCAGGCGGGCCAGCGCAUCGGCUUGUCCAUCCAACAGCUGUACCUGCUGCUGCCCAGCGAGCUCACGCUCUGGGUGGACCCCUUCGAGGUGUCCUACCGCAUCGGGGAGGACGGCUCCAUCUGUGUUCUGUACGAGUCCCAGCCCGGGGGGCCCCUGGGGGGGCCCGGCCCCACGGGGGGCACCAUGGCCUCUGGGUCGGCGGGGAGCCUGGGGGGGCCGGGGGGCCUAGGGGGGGCUGUGAUGGACAUCAGCUGUAAGGAUGAGCUGAGGUUGAGCAGGGCCAGUCCGUCUAAAGCCUACAGCAUGAUGACCGUGUCCAGCUAGAGGCCUCUCACACACACAUGCAACACACACAUACAUAUACACACCACACACACACACCCUCGCAGAGGCUGGUGGUUCAGGGUCGCACUGUGAUUGGUCGGUCGGGUGGACAGUCAUCUUUUGCCAGUCAGCCUUUUUAAAUAUUUAAAAUUGUAAAAAAAUAAAUAAAAAAAAAAGAACAUUUAGAUGAGAAAAAAAACCUGAAACAAGAGAGAAAAAAGCAGAGGGUGAAGUCUGUCGUCCAGGUGAUGGAAGUCUGUCGUCCAGGUGAUGGAAGUCUGUCGUCUAUAUUUUUUUUUUUUACAUUUUUGGGUUUCUUCGUCUCCUGUCACCGUGGUUAGGGUUAGGGUGUUGGAUUGACCGGGUCAUCGUUCUCAGUAGACCGCCCUGGAUUGGUGCAGCUACAUCUACCAAUCAAAAACAACCCCGGACACUGGCUGUAAAGAAGCAACCGUGUGAUUGGCUCCCAGGGUGAAGGUUUUCUUUGUUGUUGCUUUGUAACACUGAGGUUCUAUCCAUGUUGACUUUGCACUUUUCCUACGCGGACUCCUCCACCUUCACCAGAACGCUCUUUUCACUGUCAAGGAAUCUGUCAGGAAUCACUGAUCCGUUGAAUUUCAUCCAUGACAAUUAAGUGUGGUAAAACAAAUGCGAUUUCCUUUUGUCCAGGGGUGUACUUCCUGUCUGGGGAGGAAGUUGAGAUCCAGACAGCGAGUGUUGCCAGGGUCCAGGGGGAACACCCAUUGAGAGUUCAUUCUGACAGAAACCUGUUUUGAACCACAGGGUGUGGUUCUGGGUGGGUCUGGACCUCAGCUCUCCCUGGGGGAAGGUUCUUGAAUGUUGUUGAACUCCACAAUCAAGUCCAAUAUCGUCCCCCAGCACCCCUUUGCACUUAUUAUCCUGCAUCACCAAAAUAGAGUGUAGUGUAGCAUGGGGGGGGGCCCUGUCCCCCUCCAACCCCCCCCUGUUCUGUGCUCCUGUCAGAGAUGACGAUGAAUGCACUUUGACACUGAGCCUAUGGGAUGUGUACCUUUGUGUGAACCUCCUGCAUUCCAUCCACCACAAUGUCAUCUUUCCCACCUGCUGACCAGGCUUCACGUUAGCUUCCACUUACACGGUACGGCAUCUGUCUGGUCUGACACUGAAGCUCUUUCACACUGUUCUAGUCUGAAGCAUUUCAGAGCUGUUCUGGUAGGAGUGUGUUCUGUUAGCUGUUCAGGUUCUGCUGGGGCGUCAGAGACUGUGUAUCCCUGGGGGAGGUGAGGGAGGGUGGUAGGGGGGUGAGGGAGGGUUAUGGGAGUAUAACUAAAGGUUUGGGGUUAGUCUAAAGCUCUGAAUUUUCAGCCAUCAACCUGACCAAACCUAGUUAGCCCCUCUGUUAAACUGUGUUCCACCAGCCAUUAAUCCUGUCUAGUCCUAACGAAGACAGAGGGUCACAUUCCGUCUCCUGUCCUUCCCAGUGUGGUGUGGGGGAUCAUCUCAUCUAACCCUCAGACACCCAGGGAGGGAGGCAGGGUCUUGGAGGGUCUAACCCCACUCAGUCCAGCCAAGCAACUUUAGAAGUUCCCCCUCUAUCCCAACUCUGGUGUCUCUCUCUCUCAACCAGCCAGCAAACCAUCCAGAUAGCCAACUAGCCAGACAGCCAGCUAGCCAACCAGCCAGACGUCCAGCUAGCCAAACAGCCAGCAAGCCAACGAGCCAGCUAGCCAACCAGCGAAACCCCCUUUAGUCGCACGGACACCAAAUGUGACAUAUCAUGUUCCACCCCCCAGGGAGUGUGGGAGGGUGCGGGGGGCGCGGGGGGCCAGGGACGGACACCUCGUCCAGGGCAGCUACAGUUCCUCGGGCCCCCCUCCAAGCUAACCCCGACCCCUGACCUCAGCCCCCCACCCCCCCACCCCUCCCUCGGUGGGCGGAGCCAAGCCAGCACACACACUUAGCGCUCCGUACGCACUAAGGGUGGGCAAAUCAGAGACCAGACAACAGGGGUCAAAGGUCCUGAAUCAGGAAGUGAGGGCAUGCAGGAUCUUUCUUUCCUGUGAUGUCAUCCUUGGUCCCACUGCAGUUGAGGUCGGAUAUGUAGUGCUGAAUAACGUUUACAAGGCUCUGAUAGGACGAGGGAGCUGUCCGUCCGCCCGCACACACCACACAGGGAGUAGGGUGAGUGGUGAGUGGGUGAGAGCCCAGAUGGACAGGGUUGAGGCAGGUGGGCAGAUAGGGUUGGCUGGCAAGAGAGAGUUGGAUCAGAUUUAUAAACAGAUUUUAUUCUGCUUGACUUCAUAGCUGUCAGGUGCUAAGUGACAGUUAAAUCGGUCCCUGGGGGGUGUUUUGCAGUAUCCCCCACCGCCCCUAAACCAGUUUUCAAACCUACAAAUGGAAACUUAACCUGCUCUUUUGACCCAUUAUCUCACUUGUAAACACACAGGCCCGGGGUCUCUAAAUCAACAAUAAUAAUCAAAUAAUCUAACAAUAAUCUCUAAACUGUCAUCCACUCAGCAUUUUGCGCACAUACAUUUCAUUUUAGAGAGGGGUUUGAGUAAUAAGAUAAAAAAUAAAAUAACACAUAAAAUGCACUAAAUAUGAGACGUCAUUUUACAUUUAUUUGAGACGCAAGUUUCUCCCGGAAUGUCAGAGGCCCCCCAGCCUGCUGCGUGGGUCCCCCCAGCCCCUCAGCCCCUCAGCCCCCCAGCCUGCUGCGUGGGUCCCCCAGCCCCCCAGCCUGCUGCGUGGGUCCCCCAGCCCCCCAGCCUGAUGCGUGGGUCCCCCAGCCCCCCAGCCUGAUGCGGGGCCUCUUAAGGAGGGGAAGGAUUUAGGUGUUGUCGUCAAUCUGGUCUUUGAUGGAUUAUUGCCACUUUCACAUCUGCAGUGUUUGCCGUACGUAUUGUAGAAUGUGUAACUGUACAACGCACUUGGUAGAACACAAAACAUGACACAUGGGAAGUGCCAAUAAUUGCUAUUUUGAAGUUAUAGAUUUGUUCCUUUUGUAUUUCAUCUUUUACCACAGGUAACUUCGUAAAUAAAGCCAUUUGUGAUGAGAUUGUUGGCAAGGACCAAAGUUGUUUUGGUGAAAAAACUAUCAGUUUCCAUGAUCUGUACUUAUAGACUUAUCCUUAGUUUUCUUUCUGUCUUAUUUACUUACAAAAUGAAAAACAGAAAAAAAUGAAUCUGCGCUUACCCAAGAUGAGCUGUGAUCUCCUGUCAGUGCAUCUGUCUUGUGUUUCCUUACCUUGGGUUUGUCACGAUGAACUGCUGUAAAUUUGUACAGUUCAUGUAAAUUGAUUGUGCGGAAGUUGUACAGAUUUCUAUAUUUUGGAAGAAAAGUUUUUUUUUCUCUGUAAUAAAAGAUUUCCUAUCUUGGCAACAUA